AUGAAGUCGUGUUAUCAAGAGACUGGAGCUUGCUGUGUGGAGACGAACUCAUUCCACCAAGUACAAUUAAAGACAUUAGGGAUUCUUCCUUAUGACAACGACUCUAACACAAGGACCAAGUUGGAAUGUUCGUCACUUUGUCUUUCACAAUUAUUAACAUGCCAACAUUUUCUCUAUGACAGUGUGAAGAAAAUGUGUCUCUGGGGAACUGAUCUCAGCUCUACUGGGAUUAAACUUUCUUCAGGUCAAAGGUUGUACUCGCAAAGCACCAAGUACUGCGACGUGGCUCUAGGCUAUAACUCGACCAUCAUGAGGACGUUCGGACUUUGUCUGAAAAUUGUCACAGCGAAUGUAAGCUUCAGUUUAGCGGAACUGUCUUGCAGCAACAUACAAGGUCGACUGGCGAUGGUCAAAUCAAACGCCACAAUGGAAUCUCUUCUGACGAUAAUGCAGGACAUGAACAUUGAGAAAGCCUGGGUAGGAAUAGACGAUAUACAAUCAGAGGGAACGUACGUCUGGUCAGAUGGUUCAGAGUUGACACCAGAAGAGAAGACUGUGUUUAUAGCAGGGCAACCAGACGAUCUGUACAACAACCAAGACUGCGCAGUUAUCUUACAAUUUUACAGAGGAUUAGAUGAUGUUUUCUGUUCAAACAAUGAAAUGUAUAUCUGUGAAUAUAUUACUUAA